AUGGGUGGAUCACCACCUUGCGGUGGCUCGGUUCGAGCCGUCAAAGAUUACAAACGUCAAGCAACCACCUCCAAGAAGUGGCCUUCUCCAGUCGAAAAUGAUCAACAGAUCACUUUUUCGGCACUAGACACCAAGGGCGUCCACAUGCCACAUAACGAUCCUCUCCUCGUCGACCUCGACAUCGGUGAAUGCCUAGUCGCAAAAGUCCUUAUUGAUACCAGCAGCUCAGUCGAUCUCAUCUUUCGCGACACACUCGACAAAAUGGGAGUUGAUUUAAGGGAUAUGAAGCCAUCCUCUCGCACGCUCACCGGCUUCAAUGGAGCCUCGGAGCAAAUGAUCGGGACAAUUCGUCUUCCAGUAUACGCAGGUGGUAUAACCCGUACCGUCAAGUUCUCCGUCAUCUGCGCCAAAGCACCCUAUAAUGCCAUACUUGGAACACCAUGGCUGCAUUCCAUGAAAGCCGUUCCUUCGACUUACCAUCAAUGCGUCAAGUUUCCCGGAAAAGACGGAAAAACACAGACGAUUCGGGGAGAUCAACAAGCCGCGAGAGAACUGCUGAUCGCAACUGUAAAGAUGCAGCAACAGGCUUCCCUUGUCAACUUCGUCAGUAAACCACUCCACAAGAUAUACCCCCAGAAGGAGGAAGUUCGCGAAGUCGCAAUCGAUGAGUCCGACCCGACGAAAAUCAUCCGAGUUGGCGUCUACCUGUCCGAUGACAUAUGUUCAAGGAUCAUCUCUUUCAUCAAAGACAAUGCCUCGACGUUUGCCUGGAAGACCUCCGACAUGAAGGGGAUCGACCCCACAGUUACCUCCCAUGAACUGCACGUCGACCCGACGUUCAAACCCAUCCGACAGAAGCGACGGAAACUCGGUCCAGAACGAUCUAAAGCCGUAAACGAAGAAGUCGAUAGGCUCCUCGACGCGGGUUUCAUUACCGAAGUCCGAUACCCCGAAUGGUUGGCUAAUCCGGUUGUCGUCAAGAAGAAAAACGGCAAAUGGCGCAUAUGCGUCGACUUCACGGACCUCAACAAGACGGCGUUCAUCACCGACAGAGGGACCUACUGCUACAAGGUGAUGCCCUUCGGGCUAAAGAACGCCGGCGCGACUUAUCAGCGACUCGUCAACCGAAUGUUCGCUGAUCAGCUUGGCAACACCAUGGAAGUGUACAUCGACUAUAUGUUAGUCAAAUCGCUCAAGGCCGACGAUCACCUAAACAACUUACGCGACUGCUUCAAGAUCUUGAACGACUACGGGAUGAAGCUCAACCCGGCCAAGUGUACCUUCGGUGUCACUUCCGGGGAAUUCCUAUGCUACAUUGUCACUCAGCGAGGAAUCGAAGCUAACCCCAAGCAGAUCUCGGCGAUCCUCGACCUUCCAAGCCCGAAGAACAGCCGCGAAGUACGUCGACUAACCGGAUGCAUAGCAGCACUAAACAGGUUCAUCUCGCGAUCAACCGAUAAGUGUCUUCCCUUCUACGAGCUACUGAGGGGCAAUAAGAGGUUCGUCUGGGACGAAAAGUGCGAGGAGGCGUUCAAUCAACUCAAGCAUUACCUCACAACCCCCCAGUACUAUCGAAGCCAGAAGCCGGCGACACAUUGUCUCUCUACAUAG